UGAAAUUAGGAAUGCUAUAAAGCAAAGCAAUUUUUUUCCUGUAAAAUCAGAGGAAAAAAAAGAAAAGAUUAAUCAAUAGCACUCAAUGUAAAGCUGCUUGCACAAAGAAGAAUUUUUUUUUUUUUGCUUUUUAUUAAUAAUAAAUUUAAUAUUUAUAUUAUUUUUUUAUUCUUCUUCAUUAUCUAAUCGUUCCGAUGUUAUCAGAGUAAGAAAAAAAAAAAAAAACAAAAAACGAAAAAAGAAGAAAAUAGUUGUGUUUUUAUUAUAAAAUAAAUUGGAGUAAACGAAUACAAUUACUUUGUGUAUGCAGUAACUAAAGCAGAAAAAUGCUGAAGAGAUGUCAUGACAUACACUAUAACAAGCAAUGCAAAGCCGAAUCGUACCGAAAAAAAAGAAAAAAUAUGGUGCAAAAAUAGCGUAACAAUGUUUGUGCAAUGAAGAUGAUGAGAAUGAUGACGGUGACGAUUACGACAAUGACGAUGGUGAUAAUGAUGAUCUCUUAUCAUCUACAAGCGCAUAAACAUUUCACUUCUAGUUAAAUACAUUAAAUGCUAUCUUAUGUACCGAACGAACGAGCAAUUGAUGAAUAUAUUUUUAUGUGAAUUCAAAUAAAUAGGCUUCGAUUGCAAAAAGAGAAAACGAAAGAAACGUCAAAGAUAAUUAACCCCGUUUUGUCUUCAGCAAAAAGACUUCCUACUGUUCCUUCUCCUGUUCAUUUUUGUGUGAGCGAAGCAAUCGAAAAAAGCAAAAAAAAAAAAAAGAAAAACAAGAAAUCGAUUUUCCUCUUUGUAUUUUAUUUGUUGUUCUUGUUGUUAUUUUCGUAUUUAUAUCAUAUAAAUAUAAAAGUUCGCUACUCUUUUGCUUAAGUGUACAAAAGUUAUUUUUAAAACACCACCCAAAACACCAACAACCAAAAAAAAAACAAAAACAAAAGCCGUCAAUAUAUUUAACAAUAACGACAAUGAUGUUUUUACAAAUUAUCACUUGUGUUAAAAUUGAGAGUAAAACGAAAACAGCCAACAAAUACAACGCAUAUGCCGCGCAUUGUGACUUCGAUGAAUGCCAUCAUAAAUGCAAGAUACACAUAUAAUUAGUAAAAAAGGGAAAAAAGUAAACAAAUACGAACACUUUCGGACGGACAUGGUCAGUCUACUUAAAAUGCGACAACGACGACCAGAAGUAUAUUUGCUUUUUUGAUGCGUAUGCAUACGUAUUUUUUAAACGAAGUGAUGGCCUCUUUGUGUACGACCUUUCAUCCGAUAGUGAAUUAUGAAUAGAUAUAAAGAAAAAAAAAUUUCCGUUGUUAAGUGAAACUACUUACGAAUUCAUUUUAAUCUCCAAAAUAACAUUUCAUCCUGCUAUUUUUACACAUUUCAUUGCUGGAUAUGCGAAAAUACCUGCACGUAAAAGAUUAAGAUUGCUUUGAACGAAACUCAAUACAAGAUACUAACUAGCGAGCGAUAAGUUUGCGACAAUUUUUUUCGCUUAAGCUAAGCCGCUUAAUAUUAUUAUAUAAUAUUGAAAAUUGGUAUAUUAUGACAUUACGUACGAAAAGUGAUCAAAAUGCUUGAUAAUGUAAGAAUAAUAUAUUUUCGUCGACGUAAAUUUAUAGGAACGUGAGCCGAUCAAUGUUUUUACGACACAUUUAAUUAACUAAGCACCGGCAGACCAAAAUGGAACAAGCGCCUUUAAUAAGUGUUAAAAAACGAGCUAAUAGGCAUUAAAUGAUCAAAACGCCUAUAGCAUGAGAGGUCGUCGUAUACUCAUACCAUUACCCAAUACUGGGUCAAUGUAUCGUAAACGUAAUACAUAUUAUAUGCGCGGAAUUAUUUUUAUGGCGAUAUUGAUAUUUUUAUUUUUGAAAUUGCAGAUUUUUACCUUUUAUGAUAAUCAUGAUUCCGUAUUAAUGGAACCAACAAAUGAUUCAGUCGAUGCUAUUAUGUCUAUGGUGCCAUCGGUAUUACAUAAAUUUCUUACACCCAAAACUCGUAAUCAAACCUUGCUCUCUAACUUGCUACAUAACGGUUCUAAUUUAAUUGGUGCUCUUAAUUUUGUGGAUCUUUAUCAUCCGCCAAAUAUAACGGAAAUUAAUCGACAAAUUGCCAAAUACAAUGAUAUGCAAUUAGUUUUAAAUGAAUACACAUUUGGUCCGUUACAAAAUGAUUCUGUGAUAAUCGUAGUACAAGUUCACACUCGUAUUACAUACCUACGCCAUUUAAUUGUGAGUCUCGCUCAGGCUCAUGAUAUUUCAAGAGUUCUUCUAAUAUUUUCUCAUGACUAUUAUGACGAAGAUAUCAACGAUUUAGUGCAGACUAUAGAUUUUUGUAAGGUUAUGCAAAUAUUUUAUCCUUAUUCUAUACAAACGCAUCCAAAUGAAUUUCCUGGCAUCGAUCCCAAUGACUGUCCACGGGACAUUAAAAAAGAUCAUGCAAUUAUACGUAAGUGCAAUAAUGCCUUAUAUCCCGAUUUGUACGGACAUUAUCGUGAAGCAAAGUUCACUCAAACUAAACAUCAUUGGUGGUGGAAAGCAAAUCGUGUCUUCGAUCAAUUAGAGAUUACAAGAUACCAUACGGGUUUAGUGUUGUUUCUGGAAGAAGAUCAUUAUGUGGCCGAAGACUUUCUUUAUGUGUUGGAAAUGAUGUAUAAACGUACCAUAGACUUGUGUCUACAAUGCAACAUUUUAUCAUUAGGCACCUAUUUGAAAACUUUUAAUUAUUACACAUACAAUAGUAAGUCUAAGCAAAAGUCAUAUAGUAAUCCAUAUGCUUCUUCUUCGCUGACCUCUAUCAACAAUCUAUUAGGAUAUCAUAGGAAUAGAAAAUCACUGCAAUUAUCAUCACAACAAUCAUCAUCUAGCAACAAACAUUUUAAUAGAUAUUAUGAUAACAGCAAUAAUAAUAAUAACAAUAAUAAUAAUAAUAAUGAUAACAAACGUAAUAAUAAUAAUAACAACAACAAUGUGUAUGUGGGUGAUACAAACACCAUCAAUACGAAUACGAAUACACUCGGCACAUCAGCUCUCAUCAUCAAUAUCAGCACUACAAGUACCACCUCCACUACCACUACAACCACAGCAAAAAGCACUUCGAUUAAUAAAAACAAUAAUAUUAAUAAUAAUAAUAAUAAUAAUAAUAACAAUAAUAUUAAAAGUAAAAAUAACAAUAACAAUAAUAAUGGGGCACAGCAAACAUGGAGCUAUCAUGUACUGCCAUCAUUGUAUUCUAUCUAUCAGAAGGUGGAAGUAAUGCCGUGGAUAAGCAGUAAACAUAAUAUGGGAUUUGCUUUUAAUCGGACAACUUGGAAUAGUAUACGAAAAUGUGCCAAGCAUUUUUGCUCCUAUGACGAUUACAACUGGGACUGGUCGUUACAGCACGUGUCGCAGCAAUGUCUGCGACGAAAGUUACAUGCCAUGAUUGUUAAGGGACCACGAGUCUUUCACAUAGGAGAAUGUGGCGUACAUCAUAAAAAGAAAAAUUGCGAAUCGAACCAAGUGAUCUCAAAAGUUCAACAAGUAUUGCGUAUUGCUCGUAAAUCAGGUCAAAUGUUCCCUCGAACGCUAACACUUACCGUGGCAAGUCUAAUCAAGAAAACCAAAUUACGUAAGGGCAAUGGCGGUUGGGGUGACAAACGAGAUCAUGAACUUUGCAUGAACAUGACCUUACCAGUUAGAUGAAUUUCGAUAAGAAGCGAAUGUGGAAAACAAAAAAAUUAGGGAAGAAAAAUUAUUGAUUCACAAAAAUAAUUAUUUAUUUAAUAAUAUAAGGCAAGGUUUGAUCAAAAAGUAACGGAAAUUUUGAAAUUCAUGGUAUAAUAUUUAUUUUCUACAUUUCUAUUUCUACUGAUAAAGCUAGCGGUCAUCUAUGAACUGGUUUCCAAAUCAUUAGGAAGCUUAGCAGAUAAUUUGCCUAUGAACUGCCAGUUUGGUAAAUUUUAUUUCUCUUACCUUUAUUGAUAUAUGUUUCAUCAACCGAAUUAACGGCAAGUUUUCCGGGACCAACUUGAGAUAAAGAAUAGAAAUCGGCCCCGGGAAAAUUCAUGCUGCAACAUUGCAAUACGUUGCCGACUUGCUACAUUAGCCAGGCAGUCAUGUCAAAAAUAAUAGGACUAAUAGUCGACGUAUUAGAAAAAUUUCCAAAGCUUUUGUUACUAUUUUUACCAAAUCUCUAGCAAAACUUUAGUUAAAUUUUAAUGCACAAUUUCAAUCUCUAGUAAUAUUAUUGUAUUAUUACUAUUGCUAUUAUUAUUAUUGUUAUUUCAAUCUAUUUAUAAUGUCUUUCUUAAAUAAGUAAGCGAAUGAAGAAACAUUUUCUUAAAAGAAAAUUAAAAAAAAAAAAAACUAAGCUAAGCCUAGCAAACCAAAUACAACUAAGUUAUAAAAUAUU